CACAGUUCACACCACCGCCAACAAAACACCCGCCCGUCAGCCAGCAGCCAGGCAGCCAGUGUCUCUACACUCACCUUUAGGCAGCAGGUGCGCCGCCACCGCGUCCAUUCGAUCACGUGACACCUCAGUGGUGGGUCAAUGAACGAUGGGGUGACAGUUCUCCAUCUGCCAGCCUUCCAUCCAUCCACCCACCCGCCCCAUCCCACCUAUCGAGCCGUCCAUCCAGACAUGCGGCAUCUACCACACAUAUAUAAGCGGCGGGCGACAGGCAAGCACUUGACUAAGUCAGGCGGCGACAACCAUCUAUGCCUCCAUCACAACCUGCCCACUCUUCUUCAAUCAUGUCAUCCCCAGCGACGUGAAUGUCUCUCUCCCGUCCCGCCCCCUCUCGACCCACCCCACCGCCUCCCACUCCACCACAGCCACAUCCUUGCUGAAGCCGUUGUCGAUCUCCCCCACCAGCUCCCACUUGGCCGCCUCGUCCAGGAUGGCCCAAUGCACCACCUCACGCAGCUCCAUCUUGCGGCCACCCACACCGCCCACCACAAAGCACUGCAGCUGAGGCACACGCACCACCUGGCCGCCCACAUUGGCCGUCCCGCCCACCACCUCCCUGUUGCUGCUGGCCUGGUACUCUGCCGACUUGACGAAGUGCUCCGCUGCCGCACACACACGGCGGGCCAUGUCGCUGUGCCGCACACCGACGGCCUCGUCUGUGGUGGCCUCCUGGGCGGCAGCCAUGUCGAAGAUGUAUGAUGCGAUACGCCAGCCGAAGAUGGGGGCCUCCUGCGGGCCGACGGCCAGCCGGGGGGUCAGGAGGGCCGCGAGUGAGCGGUGGGGGGCGAAGGCGGCGUUGACAGCCGCCAUGACGGCAGUGGGCAGCUGAUUGAGCACUGUCGCAUACUCCGUCAGCACCAGCUGGCGGCCGCGGCGGUUCUCCUCUGUGGCUGUGGGGAUGGUGCUGAUGUCGGCCCCCGCCCGCAGCAGGGAAUGGGUGAUCUGCUCGUAGUUGGGAAUCUUGGCGCGAUACCGCUCCUUGUCGGCGUCGGGCGUGUCCGGGUCCUGAAGCUCUUGGGUGUAAUGAUCGAGCCUGUUGGCAGCCAGGGCGAGGGGCGUCUGGCCGUCGUUGGUCCGUCUGUCGAUCUGGGCAGCGGGCAGCUUGCGGCAGAGGUAGUCGGUCACAUGGGGAGACCCCCACAGUGCCGCUUCGUGCAGUGGCGUGUACCCCGUGCCAUCGACUGCCAUUAUGUCGGCGCCGUUCGCCGUGAUGAGGUCGAGGUAGCUGUCGAUGAACGACUGGGGGUAGUGGACCUGCGUUUGGGCGGCUGCCCUGUGCACCAGGUUUUCGUUGAAGGCGUCUCGUUGGGCGGCGAGUGUGGGGUCUCGUGUGAUGAGUUGCCGGAACAUGGGCAUGAGCAGCUGCAGAUACUCAGUGGGAGGCGGACGCAGGGGGGAACGGGGCAGCUCCAUCACCAUGGGUGCGUAUGGGUGUGGUACGCGAAGGUCGAUGCCUUGCUGAGCCAUCAGCAGGUCGAGGGCCGUCUGAUUGCCGGAUGCAAUCGCCACUCGGAGAAGCGUCUGUUCGCCGGUCCCGUCGGCUGCCGCAUUGGGGUCAGCUCCUCCGUCGAGGAGUGCGGUCAGGACGGCCGACUGCAGCUCGUCAGACGACCAGUGUGGCAAGGCGACGAGGCGGAAAGCAUCAUCGUCUUCGGCUUGGAUGUUCUCGACGGUGUAGCCCGACUUGUUGUCGAUGGCGAGAUGGACCAGAGAGUAGCCAAGGCCAGAACACCCAUGGCCCUUUCUCCGCAGCCAAGGGAUGACAUCCGGGUCGGCGUUCUGCUGCAUGAGACGUGCCACUUGCUGGGGGCUGGUGACGGUGCGGCCGAUGACGUCCAAUGCCAGCUGCUUGGUGGCCUCGUUGGUGCCGUGGGGGAAUCGAACCUCGAUGUCAUCGGGUCUCCAACAGCCGUCAGGCACCUCGACCGUGGUGGCCGCCAGUAUCGGAUGGCCUGCAACACACACAGCCACCACACGACACACACAGUGAAGGAAUGUGUGUGGGCAUCGAAAUCUUUCGCGUCUGUCUGUCUGUCUGUUUGGCGUACCGUCCUCCUCAUAGCCGUCGUCGUCAUAGUCGUCGUCAUCUAAGCCGUCGCCCAGCGGCCCACCGUCGUCAUCACUGUCGUCCUGCACACCAUCCUAACACAACAAAGAGAAAGAGUGAGAACAAUCGCUGACGCUCGUCGGGUGGGGCGGCUGCUGCUGUCAAUGAGCGACUCACCGAUUCGGAUUCGCUAUCAGCUGCCGCCUGUAGACCUUCUCCCUCCUCCUCGGCCAUCUCGCCGUCCUCCUCCUCACGCAACAAAUCUGAAACGAAGACAUUCCAACACAUUCGUCAGCAACGCAAGAAUGUAUGUGCUGCUGGUGUGUUGAUCAGUCUGUGUGGCGUGCUGUUGACUCACCACUGUCAGCGUCAUUGUCGUCUUGUCCGUCUGGCUGCCCGCCGCCAUUGUGAUCCUCCUCAGCUACAUCGUCUGCACACGCAAUCGAAGACACAACCAAAUACACAAACACACGCACAUCCAGAAUGCGAGAACGGUGUGUGUUUGAUGUGUCACAUUCAUCUGUUUGUGGCGUACCUGCAUCGCCACCGUCACCGUCCGCCAUGGCAGUGGAGGCCAUGUGGGUGUCGCGACGCUCGGACAUCUCACUCACUCAAACAGACACCAGCCGCUGCACCAACCACAUACAGAGAGGCAAGGGAUGGGCAGACACCUGCUGCAUGCGAUGCGUUGUGUCUGUGCUCGCCCACCUAUUGUGAGUCGAAAUGGUAUAGAAAGGCGCUCAAUCAGUCCGCCCGGUCACCAA